ACAGGUGCCUUCAUCCUGUUUUGCUUCAUUGGCUGGAUCGUUUACCGCACAAUGAAAAAAUCGAGUCAGAGGCGAGGCGAUAGCUAUGACAGCGGCUUUCUCGAUAGCUUACCUUGGCGCCGAGAACGCGAAAUAUUCAACGAGCCUCCCCCUGGUUACGAAAGGGGUGACAUAAAUACGAUGCAAAAUGCUGGUUUCUACGGCUCGGAAAAGCUGAAGACAUCACAACGGGGUGGCUUGACCCGUGCAAAUACCGGGGCUUCACAGAGGAGCUUUCUACCGCAAAACAUGGCUCCUGGAUCUGUCGUCAUGAUUCCGAUGGAAGAAUAUGCAGCUCUGAGCCAUAACCAGAACCAAUCGCCAAUAGCCGGCACGGACACGACGAUGGCAUCGCGAAUACCGGACCAUACACGCCAGAUUUCAGAACAAAGUACGCCGUCUAGCUCUGAGGCAUCAACAAGGUCACGCAUGCUAGAUCCCUUCUUCAACCAGUCGGAACUUGCACGACAGCCUUCAGAUGCAUACAAUCCGGGACAGCGGCAGGUGUACCGCGCGAGCGAACUGUCUUCGCUAUCUUCUGGAUUUGGGGACGGCGACAUUAUCAUUCCAGACUUGCCUAAGCCACCUCAGGCGUCGAUGCAGAUGAGAGAAUCGAGUAACCUCGGUCGCUUCUCGUGGGUCAGCCGUGGUGGACCCGGAGACAGGGAAACAAUUUACACAACCACCAGCGAAGAUCGACCGGCGAGAUACCGCGGGGUGAAUAGCUGGGUAAAUCAACAAGCCGGCCGAAUCAAGAGAGCUGCGAUAGGAGAUCGAGACGAGGAAGAGAUACCGGCGGUGCCAGGUAUUCCCAAGCAAGCGCAGACCAAUCCGACGUGACGACAUUCGAUGCGAACGAAGGAUAAGCCAGCGAGCGAGCGAGCGACAAAUGCAUAUUUGAUGGUCGACACGACAUUGAUCGGACGGGCCGGUAUUUGAACAGCAUAGCAUUGGUUGUUGACAAAAAGAGCGAGGUGGUUGGGGUCUGUAAUGUUGCUUUAUCCACACACACACCAUAUAUACUUGGUAUUAUUAACUCUAUACUGUACAUAGCUACUACAGCCAUUCUUUGCUGGCCUUAAUUUGGGCCUCGCC